AUGGUCCGAUCAUUAUCGCAGUCGACGGGUGAAAUCCCCGAACAACAACAUAAAGAAGCCCAGGGCGUUGAGCGAUUGGAGAAAAGGCGGCGCCGGCCUUAUACACGGGAUGAAUAUGCGCAGGCGGUUCUGUUAUAUUCACAACUAUCUGUGACACAGUCCCUGUACGCGGGAUUUCAUUUUGAGAAUCUGGCCCGUUACUUGCAGCAACCACACGAGGCACAGAUACCGGAUUUGGUCGGCAACCACCACGUCGCGCCCAAUGAUCCCGGGUUCAACUUCGUCACUUUCUACAAUCUCGAUCCCUCUGCAACAAUACGAGAAAGUUAUAUGAAUUCGCCGGACGUCUUUGAGAGCAAGGCAAAGGAGCUGGCUGAUUCUCCCCAUGGUCGCUUAAUAUUCAUGAAGGGCUAUCCAUCCCCAGAAUGGCUGUUGGCCAUUGGCGCAACAUAUCAGGUGGAUCCUGAGUUUUUUCGGAGGCAUCUAGACUUUCGCCAUGGCAUGCGAGACCAUUAUUCGUUGCCCUCGCUGCCAUCCACACUGAGUACUGCAUUGACACUUCGUGUAGCAACAAUAGGUGCAUCAGUCGCAAAGACGAAAACAGACCAUGAGCAAGGCACCAUAGAAGCACUCCGCGAAGAGAAUAAACGAAAGCUCGACGAGUACCGGGAAAACCCCAAAAGUCUGACCCAAGCCAAAGUCGGCGACUCAAUAGUGCGGGACAUAUCCAUCCAUGACCUUCAACAAUUCUCUAUUGAACAAGAUAUCUCGCUAUACGUCGGGACGUGUGGGACAGGAUGGUUUGCUUUGAUCUGGCUUGACACAGCCAAUGACCUGAGACGGAGUGCAACAUCUUUCCUUACCAGCCCACUGCGCACGGGAUCCUGGAUGAUAUCCUCGGUACCUGUGAUACAGCAUCGCCCAGAUCUUGUCCUUAGACUGCCUCGCAAACUUCGGGGACGUGCUGCAGAAAAGGUCGACUUGAAUGGGCCCAAGCCCUCGGAGGGUAUAAUGCAAAGUGCAUGCCUUCUUCAUCUUGACUAUGGUCUAGACCUGGACAAAACUCUCGCAGCAGGGAGUAGCUUCUACGCCCUCCACGAAAUCCUGAUGUUUACAGCCUUUUCGGAGAAUCAGUUUCUCAACAUGCUUGAAACCAAGUUACAGAAAGAACUCGACCCCGCGUUUCUGAUCCGACAGAGUACCCCGACAUUGUCUAACCUACUCUACAACCAACGGAUUUUGGACCGACACAUCCAACGAAUUAAGGAUAAUCUAAACACAUUCAGAGGCAAAGAAUCUUUAGCUUGCUCUAGAGCAACAUUCGAGCCAGAAAAGCAACAAAUUAUUGACGAUAUGACUAAAAAGCUUAUUCAUGAUUUUGAAUACCUUCUUUCACGAUCAUUGACCUUGUCAGAGCAGUGCAGUCGCGGCAUGCAGGUUGUCAUGAAUAAUACUAUGAUCAAGGAGUCCCGCGACGCUAUGAAUCAGGCCGAAGGUGUGGUGAAGCUCACACGCCUCGCUUUUAUCUUUGUGCCGCUAUCUUUCACUGCAUCCUUCUUUGGAAUGAAUUUUGCUCAAUUUGGACAAGGAGACCUCAAUAUAUGGAUAUGGUUCGUUGUUUCAACGCCUAUAUUUAUCAUUUCGCUGUUAUUGAUGAAGUAUGGAUUCACUCUCAACUUCUUGAGAGCACCUAGUAAGUGA